AAGCGCCGUAACACCUAUAUUUUAAACCAGCAGUCACAAUACAUCGCAUUUCAAUUUUGCAAAUAGAUUGCGAAGUAUCGUGAUCGACCGAGUGCUGUUAAUAUUUGUAACAACUAUAUAUAUGCUUAAUAUACGCUCUAUAGUAAUGCCUUAUGAAUGUAACACGCUAUAUUCGUCAGGGGAUGCCAUGCAUGGGGCAGUGGAGUUGUUACUUCCGUAGACAAUUGUGCAUGGACUUGUCAAAUGUCAGUUAUGCUCGCUUUAUCGCUGCAAAAUCGCAGAGCUGUAGAGUUUUGGUUGUAGAGUACUUGAUAUUGUCUUGUCUAAAAUCACAUCUAUGAUCGAGUAUAGAAGCAAUCUCAUGCAAGCGAUUUGCCGAUUUAGAAAUAAACUUUUAGCGGAUUUCGUUUUUGAGACAUAUAAUAUGUAUUACCGACAAGGCGACAACAAGUUGAAGAAAUUCACUUUUAUGUAAACGGUUGAUUAGAAAUAAACUUAGCGAGUAUAAAGUCCUUAGCGGGUAUAUAUAUAUAAAGCCUUUCGCAUAUCUAUAGCGAACUAUAUAUAUAUACAUAUUUUUUACCUAUCCUAAAAUUUUACGUUGAAAGACCAGUUUAAAUCAGGCCAAAGAUAAAGACAAUGGGGUAUGUUCAUCAAUUAUCGUCAAAAUGCACAUAGCGACACGAUUACUAACUGACACGACAUCUACUAUACUUUUCUAUGUAUUUGUUUGAAGAAGCAUUUAACACAACCGAGAUUCAACGCAACCGUACAAAACAGGCCUAUCGAGCGAAAAGUGUCAAGACAAGAGACGCCUUCUAGAACAACGCAAGUAGGAGCGUACGUGUGCGUACAUCGGAGAUCGGUUAUCACCUCCAGGCUGACCAUAUUGACAGGAUUUCUUUUGAAUGCAAAUAAUUUGCUGAUAAAGUAUGUACGGCUUCAUACACUGCUGUCUCGCCGAUAUGGUUAUCGGUGGAUUCGGUGAGGAAAAAUGGCGUGAAAUUAUACAUAAGGCAGGCGUGGAAUUGGAAGGAGGCUCCUACCUCAUUCAUAAGAUCUACAGCGACGCGGAAACACUAAAACUUGUCGGAACUGCUUGUGAAGUUCUGGGGCUGGAUGUUAAUGCAGCUUUGGAAGGCUUUGGUGCGCAUUUCUUUCGUUACACCGUACAGUCUGGAUAUGAUCAAAUUCUACGUGUUCUUGGAAGAAACCUGCAAGACUUUCUCUGCAACUUGGACGCCCUUCACGACCACUUGGCAAACAUCUACCCAGGAAUGGAAGCGCCUUCGUUUCGUUGCACGGAAGCAGAGGACGGUGCAUUGCUUUUGCACUACUAUACAAGACGUUCGGGACUUGAGUCUAUCGUGAUUGGCUUGGUUAAGACGAUUUGCUCAGAUGUGCUUCACACCGCGGUUACGGUGAAUAUAUUGCAGAAAAAAGGCGAGAAUGGCAGUGAUCACACGAUCUUUGCCAUUUAUGAAGAGAAAGACAAAACAAACGAGUCCAAACUUGGUUUGCUUCAAAUCGAGAAUGAAACGAAUGGGGACUUCAAUGCGAACUACUUGAAAGGAAAUGGUAUCGCAAAUAAUCCAAUGAAUGUGAUGUCAUUCUGCAAGGCGUUCCCUUUCCACGUCCUUUUCGACGAAGAUUUGACGAUAAUUCAAGCUGGUGUUGCUAUAUUAAGAGUUCUCAACAAGCAAUCGUCGGAUAAAUUAAAAUUCACCGAGGUUUUCAACUUGCAGCGGCCAAAGUUAGCCUUAAGCUUUGCACCCAUCCUGGCACAUAUCAAUACUGUAUUCGUCGUGGAAACCAAGGACGGAAUAAUCCCAUGCGGGGCAUGUGGACCAACGCAUUCGUCUUGUUCGGCCUGCGGAAAGCCGGGCAGGGUGAAAGGGCUAAAAAUACGACUUAAAGGGCAAAUGGUGCAUGUCCCUGAAUCGAAAGCACUGUUAUUCCUCUGUUCCCCAAGAGUCGCAGACCUCGACGCGCUGCGUGCGCAAGGACUUUACCUAAGCGACCUACCGCUUCACGACGCCACGCGGGACCUCAUCUUCAUGACGCACACUCGAGGCGCAGAACGCGAGCUGGUCGAGCAGCUGGAGGAGACGAGCAACAACUUGAAAAAAAUGGAAUCUUGUUUGAUCGAGGACAAAAAGAGGACGGACGAUCUACUGCAUUCUAUCUUACCGCCAAAUGUUGCCGAAAAAUUACGCGUUGAUCAGGCAGUCGAAGCGGAAAAUUACAAACUGGUCACAAUUUUGUUCAGCGAUAUCGUGGGCUUCACCGCACUUUGUUCCAACGAUCAAGUGGUUCCCAUGGAUAUUGUGCGCAUGCUCAACAAAUUGUACACUUAUUUCGACUUAUUAAGUGGUGUAAACGAAGUUUAUAAGGUUGAGACCAUUGGCGAUGCGUACAUGGUUGUUGGUGGUCUUCCCACCCCUUGUGACAACCAUGCGGAGAGAGUAUUGAACAUGGCCUUUGGUAUGAUGGAGACAUCGAUAAAAGUAUUAUCACCUGCUGACAAAAUGCCUCUCAAGAUCCGUAUCGGUGUUCACUCUGGACCUGUUAUGGCCGGUGUAGUCGGCAAGAAGAUGCCAAGGUAUUGCUUAUUUGGAGGUACCGUCGGGAUUGCAAACAAAGCGGAAUCUGGGAGUAAACCUGGAUUCAUCAACGUCAGCGUUGAAACAAGGAAAUACCUGAAAGAAUCAGAUUAUAAAUUUGAACCCAACCCGAAUCCUACACCCGUUCCGUGUUUCUUCGUAUCACGAAGUCCAACAUCGCCAAGAAAACCUUCAAUUCUCGACAUCAUGUCCUCGAUUCCACCACAUAGUUAUGGCGGACUUUUUCUUUCUCCAAUGUCUUCCCCUCGCAGCGGGACUCCUGUACGCCAGUCUCCGAGCUCUUCCCCACCUCCCACUCCACCCAGGCAGCGAGCAAAAAAAAUGAUUCAAAUGUGUGCGACAGUGGAUAACUUUCCCGUUGAGGAUAUCGCAGCGAAUCUGAACAUCGUGGAUGCACUUCAGGACUCUUAGGUACGCUAUAAGCAUGCACGGAACCCGAAUUACGUCUUCAGUGAAUCAUUAUACACAGAAAACAUUGAUGAGAAAAGAAACGCUUAAUAUGCAAAACCUUUAAAAUGUUGGCAUGCGCUGCGUGAAGGAGUGUUAUACCGUAACAGUAUUCUAUAUAUUUCUAUGCUGCUGAGCCUGUGGAAAAUAAAUGUUUUUUGAUGCCUUUUUUCGAAUCACAAACUGAGAAAGCGAUUGGAUGGGAGGCAUAGGGUGCUUUCCAUGAAGCGGCCAAAAUGGUCAGACUGGUCAUAUUUUAAAUUGAAAUAGAGUAUUCCUUUAAAAAAUAUAGCGGUAAAACUGAAUUUUCCGUGCUAUGCGGAUAUAAAUAUCGAUAAACCUGAAUGCUGAUUUCUUACUGAAACACUCUAAAGCUGCGUUCAGACUUCAGACUGCGAGUGCCCGAAGUUAAAACUGGUUCAUAAAACAUGCUGAGCACAUUGCGCUUGUUGAGUAGGCUCCUACCUCUGGAGGUAGUGUCCGUUCAUGGGCACUGUUCCCAUUUUCAUUUGGAACUUGGAAGGGUCGGGUUCAACUUAGGUAUCAGAAAAAGUGACGGGAACCAGUGCCGGGCAUGUCUGAACGCAGCCUGAAUACCAGUAAUCUUACUGAAAAAUUUCUCACGGGAUAUGUAUGAAAGAAAAUCUAUACUCAUGCAUAUGAAGUCUCGAAAACAGAAAAUCGCACAAACGUUUGGAACACUACUUUCCAAGAAUGCAUGUCUAUACCCGGAAAAAGAUUUUUCUAUAGUUAGCGUACAUUUCCAACACUACAAUGCUAAUAUAUCAACGACAUUAACAAUUGUAAAU